CUCAAGUGAUUGCCCACUACUCUCCACGCACACGAUCGUUUUUUUCAGACCCCUGUUUCCGAACCCAUCAAGGUUGUCGAGUCUCGUCGGCUGCUCCUUUGCCCAAGCUCAUGUUCCUCUAAGCGAAGCCAUUUCGCUUUUCCGACGGAGGUCGAGUCCGUCGGCAAGGUGAUGCCCUCGGCUCUCAUGAGCUAUGAGUCUAUGUCGGAGGUAGCUCAACACCAAUCGCGGGAGGGCGGCGAUUCCCUGCGCAAAGGGACGACGGGGAGAGUAGCCAGGGAGCCCGCGAUCUGCCCGACAGACGAUGAAGCGAUAGCACCGCGCAAGAAGCCCGUCGACAAACGCAGCGUCGACUACCUUUGGAGGACUGGUGUGGCCGGUGGCGUUGCUGGUUGUGCUGCCAAAACCGUUGUUGCCCCUCUCGACCGAGUAAAGAUCCUAUUCCAAGCGAGUAACCCACAAUUUGUCAAGUACGCAGGAUCCUGGGCAGGUGUGGCCACCGCCAUCACCGAUAUAUACCGACAAGAUGGACCGACGGGCUUGUUUCGCGGGCACUCGGCGACGCUACUCAGGAUAUUCCCGUACGCUGCGAUCAAGUUCCUUGCAUACGAACAGAUUCGGGCGGUUGUCAUCCAUCGGAAAGACCACGAGACACCUUUCCGCCGCCUCAUAAGCGGCUCCCUCGCUGGGGUCACGUCCGUCUUCUUCACAUACCCACUAGAAUUAAUCAGGGUCCGUCUUGCAUUCGAGACCAAGGCCGAAGGCAGGUCAUCCCUGCGGUCGAUAUGCAGUGACAUCUACCAUGAACACCUGGCAAGGAAACCUAUUGUGCCGAAGAUGCAGAGCGGCCCAGCAGCAAUGCGGAAUGUGGCUACGGCCGCUGCCGCCACCGUCGAUACAAUUGCUCCUCGGUCUGGACUGGUGAACUUCUACAGAGGCUUCUCACCCACUCUUCUUGGCAUGCUUCCAUAUGCGGGCAUGUCCUUUUUGACACACGACACUAUGGGCGAUCUACUUCGCCAUCCGAGCAUAGCAGAAUGGACCACUCUCCCAAAACCCGAGCAUGCGCCGGCUGGAAAGGCCGCCCCGCUCCGAUCAUGGGCCGAGCUGUUGGCUGGUGGCAUUGCGGGGCUCGUCUCCCAAAGUUGCUCAUAUCCGCUCGAGGUGAUCCGGAGGAGGAUGCAAGUCGGCGGCGCUGUUGGGGAUGGGCAUCGGCUCCGUAUUGGAGAGACGGCUAGGCUCAUCAUGAGAGAUCGUGGCGUGAAAGGGUUCUUCGUCGGGCUCACGAUCGGGUACGCAAAAGUCAUACCAAUGGUGGCUGUGAGCUUUUACACAUACGAGCGCACAAAGAUCUGGCUAGGGGUUUAGACAUGAUCAUGGGUUCGGCGUUGGGUGGUUUCUGGACAUGGCCGGUAUAGCAUACGCUUUAGAGAGUAUAUGGAUAUAGGAUGCCUCAAAUGGCUUGUUUUGUAUAUACAUGAGUAGCGUAGGUCCAUAACAAUAUCAGAGUGAGCUGGCGUAACCAUUCUACA